GCCCGCUCCCGGCCCGCUCGUCGGCGCACCAGACUGAGACUCCCCUUCAGGACGCUCUUCGCGAGCGGUACCCAGAGGCGAAGUCGAGACAAGCCCAGGAGCCCCCACCCCCCGCCCGCGGACGCGGCCUCGGAGGGCUUCUAGGAGGAGGCGGCGGCCUUGGCCUCGGGCCUGCCGGGAGCAGGAAGGGAGGCCGACUCCCUCGGCCGCCCGCCGAGCCCAGCCACCGGUCCCGAGGCUGGCUAAAGAGCAUCCUGUCGCUGAUCUGCCUGCUCCUCUGCGCCCUGGUGAUGGCAGCCAUUCUCCUGACCACGAGACCCAAGGUGCCAGUAUCUUUUGAGGAUGUGUCCGUGUACUUCACAAAGACAGAAUGGAAGCUUCUGGACCUCAGACAAAAGGUCCUCUACAAGCGGGUGAUGCUGGAGAACUAUAGCCAUUUGGUGUCACUGGGAUUUUCCUUCUCCAAGCCUCACCUGAUCUCCCAAUUGGAACGAGGGGAAGGACCCUGGGUAGCAGACAUCCCCAGAACCUGGGCGACCGCAGGAUUGCACAUAGGUGACAGAACACAGAGCAAGACGUCGACUUCAACGCAGAAGCAUUCUGGACGACAACUCCCCGGGGCCGAUCCACAAGGUGGCAAGGAGGGGCAGGCGGCGAGGUCGUCUGUGCUCCAGAGAGGUGCCCAGGGCUUGGGGCAGAGUUCGGCUGCGGGGCCGCAGGGCUCCAAAGGCGCGGAGAAGCGGUACCUGUGCCAGCAGUGCGGGAAGGCCUUCAGCCGCAGCUCCAACCUUAUCAAGCACCGCAUCAUCCACAGUGGCGAGAAGCCUUACGCGUGCCCCGAGUGCGGCAAGCUGUUUCGCCGCAGCUUCGCGCUCCUGGAGCACCAGCGCAUCCACAGCGGCGAGAAGCCCUACGCCUGCCCCGAGUGCAGCAAGACCUUCACGCGCAGCUCCAACCUCAUCAAGCACCAGGUCAUCCACAGCGGCGAGCGGCCCUUCGCCUGCGGCGACUGCGGCAAACUGUUCCGCCGCAGCUUCGCGCUCCUGGAGCACGCGCGCGUGCACAGCGGCGAGCGGCCCUACGCGUGCCCAGAGUGCGGCAAGGCCUUCAGCCGCAGCUCCAACCUCAUCGAGCACCAGCGCACGCACCGCGGCGAGAAGCCCUACGCCUGCGGCCAGUGCGCCAAGGCCUUCAAGGGCGUCUCGCAGCUCAUCCACCACCAGCGCAGCCACAGCGGCGAGCGGCCCUUCGCGUGCCGCGAGUGCGGCAAGGCCUUCCGUGGCCGUUCGGGUCUCAGCCAGCACCGGCGCGUGCACAGCGGUGAGAAGCCCUACGAGUGCAGCGACUGCGGCAAGGCCUUCGGCAGGCGCGCCAACCUAUUCAAGCACCAGGCAGUGCACGGCGCCAGGCGCCCUGCGAAGGCGGAGACGGCGCGGAGGCUAGCGGGCCCUGGUAGCACCGGCCCUGGGAGCGCGGUGGCGGCCACCAGCCCCCCGCGGCCGAGCGCAGCCGCCAGGCCUUCCAGGCCCAGCCGCCGCUGACUCCCCGCCAGCGCACCCAGGGCGCGACCGGUCUGCGUGGGGGGCCUUCCUGGGGACGUCGAGGCUCAGCCCCCUUCAGGUGGGAAAACCGCCCUCCCAGGGCCUCGAUUGCGGCGACAGCCCUGACCUCUUUGGCCAUCAGAAGACCCCAGGCAGAGCCUCACCCUGAGGCUGAGAAACGCAGGAAGGACUCAGAACCAAGGACUGCCGCCUGCCCUGGCUCCUCCGUCAACGGCAGUGCGGGCUGGGAAUGGAGGCCCUCUACUCCCUCCUGAGUCCUGGGCCUUGCAACUGAGGCAUAUAGAUGGCACCUGGGCCACUCGUCCCUGAGCCACAGGUACUAUCGUGUGUGCACAGGCGUGUGUGGAGGGGAUGCGUGAACCAUCCCUCGGAUUUGCAUCAGAAUCGCCUGCUGCGGGUAGGGAGGAGGCCGCGUGAGGCCAGUGAGGCCAGCCAGCGGGGGGCACGCUGGCUUUGAGUUACAGAAGAGUGGUGCAUUUCCUCCCUGGGGGUCGUUCCCCUCGCCCUAAGAGUUGUUAGUGUUCCCAAGUAGAAGAUACUGAAAGCACUUUAAUCCUUUAAGCGCUUAUAUUGCAGGUGGGGGAGGCGCUAAAGUUAGCACAGAGGCAAGAGGCUCCCUGAAUGUUGGCAUAGGAUGGGGGGCUGUGCCAGAAAACUCCCGCCUUGUCUGGGUGCCCCCAGCUGCUUCUGGGAGGAAGAGCAGCGCCCAGGCCCCAUCAUCCCUGAGCACCAGUGGUUCUGGGAAUGGCUAGCCCAGGCCCUGCAGAGAGGAUAAGACCCUUCAAGUCACUCACAAAUGGACAUUUGUAGCUAGCCACCCUCCAGGCUUUGCUUUCCCCCCUGCCCGCCCACUGCCUUCUGCUCCCCAGACCCCACCAGCAAAGGCCACCCUGGCCUCUCUGUCCCCUGUCCCCCUGCCCCGCCCCACCACCAGUGCCUAAAGCUUCGCACUUACCUGCUCCUCCCCAUCAGGCAGCCUCUCUUGCGGCUGGUGACGAUUAGGAGGAAAGCCAGACGGGUUAGGAAUUUGCACUUAGGCAACAGAGCAAGCCCAGGAACGAAUCUUUCGUCGAAUGUCUUUUGCGUGACAUUUUGUAGAAUAUUGGACGUUCCGUUGCUUUGAUUGUUUUUGUAUUCAGGGGUAAUGUAUAUUGAAAAUAGAGAUUUUGCCAUAUCAGAGUAUCAGGGAUUCACUCCCUAAAUAAGAGUCCCCCCAGCCCUCUGAGAAGACCUCAGGCAGGAGAAAGGGGGCCACCCCAGGCCUGCCCCCAGAUGAGUGUGGUGGCAAGCCUGGCCCCUCUUCUCCCUACAACGAUGCAGUCCACCCCUCUUCCCCUUAGCCCUGCAGAAACAGGGCAGACUCUUCAAAUGGCACUUUACUGAAAGCCAAGGGGAAUUCUCAAGGAAAAGUCUCGGGGCUGGCAGAGGCAGCUGCUGGCAGGCCUUAUCCUAGUUCCCCAGCGCUGUCCCCAGAGCUGGGCUCAGGAGCUCUGCCCCUUGGUGCUCUCAGCCCAGCGUCCUGGUCAGCGGCCACCUCCUUCCAGCCCUGUCCCCUCCCAGGGAAGAGGGGGUUUUUCAUCCACAAGGCCUGAGGGCAGGUGGGUGGUAGGCGUGGUGGAGGGGGGAGGUUCAAAGACAGCUGGCUCCUAUCAGGAGAGUGUGGGAAGACCUGAACAUACAGGAUUCCCUCGGAGAAUGCUGCUUGGAGUGCCAGUCACUAGGACAACUCCAGAAAUAAUGUUAUACACACACACACACACACACACACACACACGAUAUAUAUAGUUUUAUGAAAACUUCUAGAGUUCUUGUAAGUUGCACUUAUACCGUAGCCUCCUUCAGUGUGUCCCUAUUCCCCAUCCUGUGAUUGCGUUCUUGUCUGCAAGCUGGUCUCAUAAGCACACAAGUGCGUGUCAUGCCUGUCCCCAUGUCCUUGAUGCCAAGCCCGGUGCUGGUAAUCAGUAAGCAUGAGUGAAAUGGGUCUUGCAGUCCUAGCACCUCAGACUCAGGCUUGGGACCAUUGUCGGCUCCAGCCUUGCCUUGAGGCAAUCUGAAGCAUCUACGACUUUGGGUUUUCCAGAAAAAGAAGUAUUAGGAAUGGUGUAUUUGAAGUCCCUGAUGAGGCCAUUGGGAAGUCUGGGUUUUUCUGCUGUGCAGACAGUCUUUGCAAGGGCUGGCAUGGGUCCAGAAACGCAAUCCUCCUGCAGAGUAGGUGCCUGUGGCAGGAGGCCAUGUUGCUUCAUUCAACUGAACCAGGAAAGAAACAGAUCCACGCACUCUGAUACCCAUUUCCGUUGUUCUAGGAGGUAAAUGAUUUCGUUCCUACAAGCCAGACAGUAGCCAGCUUUCACUAAAGAAGAAUCGACUCCUUAGUAUCUUGUCAUGCCAUUGGUUCUGAUGCAUAAGUGAACCCUGUUUUUAACGGAAGCUCCUUUUUUUUCACCUCAGGACCUACCCAAGACUGACUAGAUACUGGCAGGACAAGGUACAGGAGUUUUCAGCAGAAAGUGGAGUUGCCAGGAGAGAUGCUGGGCACUUGCGCUGUGACUUUGGAGUGCCGGGAAAAGUUCCAGGGUCCCCAGUGCUUACUUAGAUAAAUGGCAUUUAAAAUAGUGCAGCCUUUUAUCAUUGCUUAGUCUAAUUUAGCUCCCCUUAAUGACAUUCUCACUGCAAGGUGGUCAUUGCUAUCAUUUUCUUUUGGGUGUGGCAGUUAGGUAUGCCACGUGAGCUGAACGGGUUUCACAUGGAAUCAAAGUCAGAAUGUUCGAAAAGGACAUUUGUGUUUUUCCUUCAAUGGUGCCUUGAAAUUGGGCUCCCUCCCUCUUGCUGUGUGGGGAACUGGGAGGGUAUAGCCCAAGUUUGCUUUGUGAUGGACAGCUAGAAUGUAAAAGCUUAAACUAUGGGGAAAGUCUUGCCUGUUUUCCAAGGCUUCCUCCACCCCGCCACCGAAGAACUUACCUGGAUGCCAACCUGGGACCCCUUUGUCUUUGGGCUUUUGCCCUUUGAAACUGUGAAUGCUUCAAGAGCCACAUAAAUGCUCUGGCAGUGUCUCCAUGUAACUAGUAAAUUGUCCUGGCUGGAUUCGUUGUGAAAUGGAACUGUGCCAUUUACUUUGGUUGCAAAUAAGGAAGAUGUAUGAGUAUUGGCCUGGAAAUGAGCCCUCUAGUGUAGAGAGGUUAUUCUGAGGGUUUAAACUACGUGGAUAGGCCUUGGGUUCAAGGUUACAGGAAAGGCUGUAAGCCUGAGAUUGUGGGGAAUGUCCAGAGCUGGGCUUUGGGUGUUCUUUGGGGGGGUCCCUGUGAAGGUAAGACAGAAAGGCAUUCUGGGUGAGCUGCCUCGGGUCAGCCCAGGGGUGCAGGCUCCUCUGACUGGGACCACAGGCAGCCACCCGAGGCCACUCAGAUGCUGUGACUCUGAGACCAGAGGGAAGGGAGGCUGGACCUGGUCCCCUGUGUUCCCCAGCAAAGUGCCACAUCAGUCUCCUGAGAACACAGCUGUGUGUUCUUUCCAGUCGCUUCUGUUCCCAGACUUCAGGCAACAUGGCAGCUCCCACACUUGCCAGGGUAGUUGCAAGGGCAGCUCUGGAGACAGGAAGUGGAGGUAGAAGCAAAGGAAGGGAGUCCUUGGCUGGGAAGUGCUUGGGUUCGGACAGACAGGGAAGAAGGGAAAGUAUGAGGUGUGUUCAGGGAAGCUUAGAAGGGCAGAGAGGUUUCAGUAGGACAUGUAUGGGCUAAAGGGUCAGUUAGAACCAGAGUAUGGAGAGUCUGGGAUGCCAUAUACAAAAGUUUGGGCUCUAACAGUCUCCUGAUGAGGAGCAAUUUUCCAAAACAUGAAAGAAUUAUUCUAAGAAUGACAAAGGGAAGUUAAUAUAAAUUAUGACUACCACAGGGUUUGAAUUUACACACUGACCACCACAAAUUUUAUAACUGUAGUCGUCUCGAUGGUUGUGAUGCCCAUGAGGUGUUCGGCUGGGGGCAUGAUGACGCUGAGGCAACAUGAGAGGGGAUGUCUUUGACACCAGGGCCCCAGCCACGUGUCUCAGGGGCUCCCACUUGCCAUGGGACUCGCAGCUGGUUCCAUCUGAUGCCAGCCCCAGUGCAUCUAUCACUGUCUUCACAAAACGGGGGUCCUCCAGGAGUUCCGGACAGCUGCUCUGCAGAUUCUUAUAUACGUUUAAUCGAAGGCCUUGGACUUUUGAGAGGAGCGCAGUGCCCUCCUUUUGUGUUCAGGAAGGCCAAACUAGAGCCUUCUCCACCGCCGGGGAAUAUUCAUGUGGGAAAUGGAGGCCUGCUGCAGACCUGAAGGUCAAUGAUUGUUUAAUCUUUCUUUGACAGCAUUAUGAAGGUAUAAUGGGCAUACAAGAAACUGCACAUCUUUAAAGUGCACAGUUGGAGGGUUUUUGGCAUGUGUGGACACCCAUGAAACCUCCCCCAUAAUCGAGACAGUGAAUUGAUCCGCCACUCCCAAAAGUGGCCUUGCGCCUCCAGCAACCCCUCUUUCCUGCUCCUCACUGUCCCCCAUCCCCACCGCCACUGCUUGGCUUGCUGUCACUAUAGAUUAAUUCCCAUUUUCUAGAAUUCCAUAGAAAUGGACUCAUACAGUGUAUGUCUGGCCUCUUUCACUCAGCACAAUUCUUUUUUCAUCAGGUGUUUUUGUGCAUAUCAGUACUCCAUUUUUUUAUUGUUGGUAGGAUCCCAUUGUAUGGGUGGACCACAAUACCUGUUGAAUACCUGUUGAUGGACAUUUGGGUUGUUACCAGGUUUUGGCCAUGACAAAUAAAGCUGCUGUGAACAUUUGUGUACCAGUUUCUGCGUGGGCAUAUGUUUUCAUUUCUCUUGGAUAUACGGCUAGGAGUGGAAUUGUUGGGUCAUGUGGUAACUCUGUGUUUAACUGUGCGAGGAACUGCCAAGCUUUUCCAUAGCAGCUGCACCAUCUUAUGUUCCCACCAGCAGUGUACAAGCGUUUUAGUUUCUCCAUAUCCUCACCAACCGAUAUAGUUUGGAUCUGUGAUCCCACCCAAAUCUCAUGUUGAAUUGUAAUCUCCAAUGUUGGAGGUGGGGCCUGGUGGGAGGUUACUGGAUCAUGGGGGCAGGGUUCUCACGAAUGGUUUAGUACCAUCCUCUUGGUGUUGUCCUCAUGAUAGCGAUUGAGUUCUCCCAAGAGAUGGUCCUUUAAAGGCGUGUGGCACCUCCCCUUUCUCUCUCUUGCUCCUGCUCUGGCAGCGUGAUGUGCCUGCUCCUGCUUUGCGUUCCACCAUGAGUAAAACCCCUGAGGCUUCCCCAGAAGCAGAUGCUGCCAUGCUUCCUGUACAGCCUGAAAAACCGUGAGCCAAUUAAACCUCUUUUCUUUAUAAAUUACCCAAUCUCAAGUAUUUCUUCAUAGUAAUGCAAGAACAGACUAAUACACUAACACUUGUUAUUGUCUGUCUUUUCAUUAUAGCCAUCCCAGUGGGUGUGGGGUGGUAUUUCAUUGUGGUUUUGAUUUGCAUUUCCCUGAUAACUAAUGAUGUUGAGCAUCUUUUCAUGUGUCCAUUGGCCAUUCAUAUGUCUUCUUUGAGGAAGUAUCUGUUCAAGUCUUUUGCCAAUUUUUAAAUGAGGUUGUUUGUCUUCUUAUUAAGUUCUAAGAGCUCUAGACACAAGUCCUUUGUCAGAUAUGUAUUUUGCAAUAUUUUUCUUCCAAACUCUGGCUUGCCUUUCCAUUUGCAUAACACUGCAUUUUAAAGAGCAGAAGUUGCGUUAUGUUGAUGGAGUCUAAGGUAUGGACUUUUAAAUUUUAUAGUUUGUGCUUUUUGUGUCAUAGUUAAGAAAUCUUUGCAAAACUCAAGUCACUAAGUCUUUAUCCAGAGUUUUCUUAUAAAAACAUAGACCUGUUUCCUUAUAGAAGUUGUAUAAUCUUAGCUCUUAUAUUUAGGUCUAUGAUCCAUUUUGUGUGUGGUGUGAGGCAAAUUCACAAUUCAUUUUUUUAUAUAUGGAUAUCCAGUUUUUCUAGCACCAUUUGUUGAAAAGAUUAUCUUUUCUCCAGUUGAGUUACCUUAGCCCCUUUGUGGAGAAUCAGUUGGCCAUAUGUGUGUGAGUCUACUUCUGGACUCUUCAUGGUACCUCAUCAGUCAGCGCUAUGGACUGAAUAUUUGUGCCCCCUGAAAAUUCAUAUGUGGAAGCCCUGAUCCCCAGUGGGAUGGUGUAUUAAUCCAUUUUCACGCUGCUAAUAAAGACAUAUCAACACUGGGUAACUUAUAAAGAAAAAGAAGUUUAAUUGAUUCACAGGGCCACGUGGUGAGGGAGGCCUCACAAUCAUGGUGGGAGGCAAGGAGGAGCAAAGUCACAUCUUACAUGGUGGCAAGGAAGAGAGAACUUGUGCAGGGGAACUGCCCAUUAUAAAACCAUCAGAUCUUGUGAGACUUACUAUCAGGAGAACAGCACAGGAAAGUCCCGCCCCCAUGAUUCAAUUACCUCCCACUGGGUCUCUCAUAGGACACAUGGAAAUUGUGGGAGCCACAAUUCAAGAUGAGAUUUGGGUGGGAACACAGCCAAACCAUAUCACAUGGCAUUAGGAGUUGGGGCCUCUGGGAGCGGAUUAGGUUUAGAUGAGGUCAUGACGGUGGGACCCUCAUGAUGGGAUUGGUUCCCAACAACAAGAGGAAGAGACACUAGAGCUUCCUUUCUCCACUGUGUGUGAGGAUACAGCAAGAAGGCAGCUGUGUCCAAGCCAAAGAGAACUAUUACCAAGAACCAAAUCUGCUGGCACCUUGACCUUAGACUUUUAGCCUCCAGAACUGUGAGAAAUAAAUGUCUGUUGUUUAAGCCACCCAGUCUGUGGUAUUUUGUUAUAGCACCCCAAGCAAACUGAGACAAUGUCUAUCUCGAUGCCAAUGCCACACUCUCUUGACUACUGUAGCUUUGUAACACGUCUUGAAAUCAGGUAAUGUGAGUUCUCCAAUGCUGUUCUUCAUUUUCAAAAUUGUUUUGUCUUUUCAAAGUUUGUCACACUUUCACAUGAGUUUUAGAAUACCUUGCCAAUUUAUAUGGGGGGAAAAAGCCUACUGGGGUUUUGAUUGGA